AUGUCCUGGACUCCGAUCUUGCUCCUGCUGCUUGCCCACUGCACCGGUGGUGAUCCCCAGCCGGCACUGCACCAGCCGCCCGCCGUGUCCUCGGCCCUGGGCACCACGGUCCGCCUCUCCUGCACUCUGAGCCGUGACCACAGUGUGGCCCUUCACAGCAUCUACUGGUACCAGCAGAAGCCAGGCCACCCGCCUCGAUUCCUGCUGAAGCACUUCACGAACACCAAUCAGGAACGCGGCCCCCAGGUGCCCCCUCGCUUCUCAGGCUCUAAGGAUUUGGACAGCAACAGGGGCUACCUGACCAUCUCUGACCUGCGGCCCGAGGAUGAGGCCGUGUACUUCUGCGCAGUGGGAAGCCUUGAGACUGAGAUGGAGAGGCGGGAGGAAGAGCAGCCUGCUGCCUCUGGGUCCUGGGCCCCCUGGGACAGCUCGCCUUGA